AUGGCUUUCCCUCCUUGUAUGAUUACCUGGAUAAAGGCUUGCAUUACGAGUCCUUCUUUCUCGAUUUGUAUAAAUGGGAGCCUUCAGGGGUAUUUUAAAGGGGCGAGGGGUUUAAGACAAGGGGAUCCUAUGUCCCCGUAUCUCUUUGUGUUGGCCAUGGAAAUUCUUGCCAGAAUUCUUGCUGAGAAAUCCAGGAGCCCUUUGUUCAAAUUCCACUGGAGGUGUGAGAAAACUAAAAUUGUCAACCUUUGCUUUGCUGAUGAUUUGAUGAUUUUCAGUAAAGGAGACCCUGGUACUGUUUCUCUUAUUAUGCAGGGAUUGGAUGAAUUUAGGAAUCUGUCUGGUCUUACCCCUAAUUCUAGUAAGAGUAACAUUUUUUUCUCGGGGUGUAGUAGUGAGCUUAAAGAGAAUAUUCUUCGGAUAGCCAAUUUUACUGAGGGCUCCCUCCCAGUGAAAUACCUUGGUGUGCCUCUUAUCACUACCAAGCUUAAAGCAUCUGAUUGUCAUACUCUGGUUGAGAGAAUUACUAAGAGGAUUAAAAGUUGGACCAAUAAACUGCUUUCUUAUGCUGGUAGAGCUCAACUCAUCCAGUCUAUUCUAUUUUCUAUGCAAGUGUACUGGUCCUCUCUUUUUAUCCUCCCUAAGAAAAUCAUUGGUGACAUUGAGAGCCUCCUUAGAUCUUUUCUUUGGUCUGGGGUUGAGUUGAAGAAACAUAGUGCUAAGAUUGCUUGGAGAUAUAUCUGCAGGGGAAAAAAUGAGGGUGGCCUUGGUUUCAAAGACUUAGCUACCUGGAACAAGGCUGCUAUAGCCAAACAUGUUUGGUACUUGUUUUCUGGGGGUGAUUGUUCCAUGUGGUGCCAAUGGGUCAAGGCUUAUUUGCUUAAAGGGAGGAGCUUUUGGGCUGUUAGAACUCCUAGUGAUCCCUCAUGGGUUUGGAGGAAAAUCCUGUCUCUUAGGCAUUUAAUCUAUCCUCACAUCAAGUUUAAAAUUGGUAAUGGGGAAAAUGUGUUCCUGUGGUAUGACAAUUGGCAUCCGCUUGGUUCGUUGUGGCAUAGGUUUGGUCCUAGAAUUCUUUAUGACACUAAUCUUCCUGACAGCACCAAGGUUAGCUCUAUAGUCUCUAAUGGUUCUUGUAAGUGGCCUAUCUCUAAUUCUUGGGAGAUAAAGGAGUGGAUCUCUUCUACCCCUUUAUCCUUCCUACCGUCCUUUGGCUCUUCUGAUACUCCGUUUUGGAAUUUGGCUGCUGAUGGUGACUUCUCUAUCCAGUCAGCUUGGGAUUGUUGGAGGGACAAGGGCCCCAAAGUCACUUGGAUUUGGGGUGGUAUCCUUGCCAAGAGUAAAUCUAACUGGCCUUCUUUGCCUUGGUUGGAAACUGUUGAUUUUGCUGUUAGAUCCAUCAGUGGCACCUCCUUGAAAAUGGUGAUUCUUAAGCUAUCAUUUCUGUGCACUGUCUACCACAUCUGGAUUGAGAGGAAUAGUAGGAUCUUCAAUAAGGCCCAAAAGCCUGAAGAGGUUGUUACUAACUCUAUUAUCCAAAUGGUUAGGGGUAGGCUUCUUUCUUUGGAAAAUGUUAAAAUUUCUGCAGGUGAUAAUUGGCUUUUGGAGGAAUGGAGUCUUCCUCUCAAUCUCUUGCAGCAGCACCAUACUAUUGCAGCUGGCCGAAGAAUGAGUGAUGUUAUCCUGAAUCCUAAAUCUUCUCCUACAUUGAUGUGUCCGUAUGGAGGGUUGAGUGCUGUUCUUGGAGCUUUUAAGUAUAAUGCCCUUCUGAUCCUUUCGAGGUAUCAUGUUCACUUGUUGGUGAGGAGGUGUGGUGCUGCGUACAGUGCAGUUGCAGGGAAUUGCUGCUGGAUACAUGGUGUUUGUACCAUGGUGAUGGCUGCUGCUGGAUACAUGCUGCACAGAUUCGGGUGGCAGUAUGAAGGUGUGUUUAGCUUAUUCCUACGGGCUGUGUAG